AUGGAAAUCAGUUCUAGAUCCCAGGUCGCAAAUUAUCUUCAAAGGACCUCGAAAGAACUACUACACACGUGGUUGGCGGAUGAUGGUUUCCAAUACCAUCCCUUGCCCGGCCCAUCCCACAUUCGCCUACUUAGAAUCCAAUCUGGAAGGCCGAACGAUGAGAUAUCCUGCUCGAUACGAGUCGUCAGCCUUGACGACAACCCCAAAUACACGGCUCUUUCCUACACCUGGCGAAAACAACUCUCAUACCUGCGUAUCGGCACCACCCUCGCGGUGGACAUGGUGAAAGCGGCGUAUCGAGGGAAAGAGUACGACUUGCAUUACACCAGUGCUGAAGAGCAGGUGCGCACCACCAAGACUAUCCUGUGCAAUGGCAAGAGACUGGGCGUGACGUCGAACCUCUAUGACGCUCUCCUAUCGUUUCGACAGACUCAGCCUGGAACUGGGGAAUAUUGGAUUGAUGCGAAAGAAAUGCCCAGCCCGGGGUCUUCCUGGGUUAGAGGCAUUGGCGCAGAAGCUCCAAGCGAACUACCCCCGUUUGAUCUAUUUAUUGAUGAUGAGAAAACGUCUACUGAUGCCGCAUCCGUGGGUCUCUUUAGUCGCUUUAAGGACGACUGGUCUUGCAUAUCAGCGCCAGCGAUGACUGCAUUCCAUCUAAGCAAUCGGCAAUGGUUCAAGCGCAUCUGGGUACUGCAAGAAUUCUUCUUAGCGAAAGAAGUUGUCUUUCUCUACGGCAAGCAUCAAGUUAGCCUCCAGGCCCUACUGACCGCGUUUAUAUGGACUUACCAAAACCCCGGGAAGGCAGUGAAGCCAGCAAAGGAGUACUGGGACAUUGCGAGGGCAUACAUCAUGCCGCGAUGGUUUUCCCACACUUGUGACAUCCCCAGCGUGCUGCUGGCUCGGGAAACCAUCACCCAGGGCCGUAAGCUAACCCUCCGCGAAUGGCUUCUGACCUGCAAGGGCCACAACGCUACAGAUCCAAGAGAUUUUGUAUUUGGUGGCCUGUCUCUGAUCAAUCCCGCGUCAUUGAGAAUAGAUAAGCAGGCUCUUCAGCCAGGAGAGUAUGCUGGUUCUGAUCUUCGCCCCCCUCCAUUGCCACCCCGGCCUGGCACCCGUGCUCACAAUAGCAAUCAACCCAUCGUAGAACGCCCAGCAGCCAUGGGAGGAGUCUCAUCAUCAUCAGUGCCCCUUCCCAAGGGAUUAUGGCGUACCAUCGAGGUCGAUUAUAAGGCCAGCGAAGCCGAGGUCUUGGUCAACCUCGCGGCAUGCCUGCUUUCCCAGAACGAUCCACACAGUCUCGACCUGCUCUCCAUUGCGGCCCGUCCACGGGAUCCCAAGGACCGUCUCGAUGCGCUGCUUAAGCUCAAGCCUAGUAGAACUCCUGAUCUCCCCUCUUGGUCCCAGCCUUGGGUUCUUGGACACAACCUAGCUACUGCCCCAGCGGCAGCUGGUGGUGGCGGCAGGGUCUUUGCAGCCGGCACAGUAGGACAACCACAGGGAGCGGUCCCUUCGCCUACGAUCUCUCGCGAUGGAACGACAUUAUAUCUAGAUGCGAUGCCCCUCGACCGUAUUGAGAAAAUACUGCUAGACGCGGAAUUCUCAUAUUCGGAAGAGUACAUCAGUGCCCUAAUCCCCUUUCUCGAAAUGCUGGCCGCGUUGCCCUGCACCUACCCCUCAGAUGUCGGGACGAGCUUCAACGCGGUGGCCACCGCUCUUGCUUCCUCCUCUUCCAGUGACACAGAAGUGGGCUCUAUGGCAGACAAGAACGUGAAUCGAUCCCCACCAUCACUACCACCCGAGCUGCGUGCGCGCGUCUGGCUCUGCGAGAUCAUUGAGCGGGAGGUGCGCCACUGGGUGACAUCUUUGCGAAUGGACAUCAAAGCCUUCACCCUGCAUAAGGAAAAGAGAGUCAACAAGCAGAGGCAGCUGGAAAGACUUCUAGCCGUAUACCGGCAGCUGGUUAGAAAGUUUGGCGAUCUUCCAUGGUCUGGAACAGCAGACCAGGGCAUACCGCGGCCUAACAAUAGCGAUGGUGGUGAGCAGAAGAAAGGGCGACGCGAGCAGGCUAUGGAGAGCCUUCGGAAUAAGAUCGAGGAGAGAAUACCUGGGCCGUCUGACCACAUUUUAAGGGCUGGUAUGCAGCCCAUCUCGCCCGAGGCGCAGCGAUAUGAGAACGCCUUCUAUUCUGCUAUGAACUGGCGGUGCUUGUUUAAAACGAAGGAUGGUCUCAUUGGGAUGGGGCCUAGUUGGUUGGAAUGUGGUGACUGGGUGAUGGUGGUACGCGGUGCCAUUGUUCCCUACGUGUUUAGACAUAUAGAUGAGGAUUUGGAGCUGCAGGUGGAAAGCCUGACAGCGACGCUGGAGGAGUUGGAAACGCGCCUCUUCGAGUGGAAGGCUGAUACCAAGAAGAAACAACAUCGACUAUCUGUUGUCGAUACUGAGAGGGAGAUUGCAUCUUUGAUGCAGAAAAUCGGUGAGCUCCACGCCCAAGUCGGCAGGAAAGAUGCAUGGGUAUUGAUCGGGGAGGCGUAUGUUGAGGGCGUUAUGCGAGGAGAGGCCUUGGAACGUGGAGGAGUUGAUUCUUUCGAGAGGAUUGCCAUUGUAUGA